AUGGAAACUCACCAUGUUAUGAUGUUGACCACUCGUGAUCAAAGAUCUACCAUUGAUAGGCCCACGCUUGGUCUCGACGACGCUGAACAUCAUGAGCCUGCAGAGGUUCAAGAUGUCCACACAAUGUAUCAAGGGAUCCAAAUCAAGGAUGAACUUAUCACUAUCCUUCCGGGCCAGAUAACCCUUCUUACUGCCCAAGUGGCGGCUCUUCAAGUCGACCGGGCUGGGUCCAACACAAUCUCACCUCUGACGCAUGCAGAGACACCUAGCUGGGAAGGCAACGCGGGGAUUGAAGCAUACAAAGUCCUCGGAAACUCCCAUCUUUCUUCUCCUUACGCUCAGCUUCUACCCGAAACCAGCGAGGAAGUAGUUUCAGUGGGCAGCCGCCUCACUCAUAUCAACCAACUUCCUUCUCGAUCUCGAGCCUUCGUUAAAUCAUUUUCUGCAAUUGACGCGGCUGCCGCCUUCUUCCGUCGAAGCCGCUGGAGUCAACAUACAUCCACACCUAUCGCUGCCUCCGGAUCCGGAAAUAAUUCCUCCUCACCGUUUAACAGCACUUGGAUAGUCUAUCGGAUGGCUGUGGCUGCUUCUGGACAGCUAAAUCUUGAUGAGUCCCCCUCUUGGGGUUCUCGUGGUGUGGAUUGCUUUGAGAAAUUGGAGCAGAUUGGUGAAGGGACUUAUGG